AUGACAAUUAAACUAGUCUCCAGUGUUAACAAGGUAAGUCGGCUUUCACCACUCUAUGCCAACUUGAAGCCAAACGGAAUUCCAGCGACUGAAAGCAACGUUAACAACCUACUGGAAUGUGCUAGAGUCUGCUACAGAGAUGUUGAAUGCAAAGGAUACUCAUACAACGAAGACGACGGCCUAUGUUCUGUGUACAACGUCAGUUUUGAUUCUUAUUCGUUUGUAGAGCAAGUUGGACUUCUGCUUUACGAAGUCGCCCCUGAAGUUCAGUCAGACUGCUAUGACGUCAUGAUGAACGGCGAGACCAAUGGCGUGUAUCAGAUUGUCCCACGUGACAACGGUGCUCCAAUCAACGUUUAUUGUGAAAUGACGUUAAACGAUGGAGGCUGGUUGGUUAUUCAAAGACGAACGGACGGGUCGGAAGAUUUCUACAGGACUUGGGAUGAAUACAGAGACGGAUUUGGAGAUUUAAAUAACGAGUUCUGGUUAGGGAACACAAAUAUUCACCGACUUACUAGCCAGGGUGUCUUUGACUUGCGGGUUGACAUGGAAGACUUUGAAGGGAACCGUGUGUACGCACAGUACACCAACUUCUCGCUGGCUUCAGAACAGGACUAUUUUCAGCUGACAGUAGGAAACUACGAUGGGGAUGCUGGCGAUUCCCUGACUAGUCACGUCGGAUACAACUUCACGACAAAUGACUCCGACCAUGAUAUCUGGUAUAGUGGCAACUGUGCACAUUUUUAUAAAGGCGCCUGGUGGUACUAUGCCUGUCACAGUUCCAACCUGAACGGCCAGUACCUGAGAGGAAACCAGUCUACAUACGCUGAUGGAGUAAACUGGUCCAGUUUCCGUGGAUACUAUUACUCUCUCAAAUACACGGCGAUGAAGAUAAGACCAGCUCCACUCAUUUGCUAA